ACAAGGCAAGCAAUAUUUGUCUGGAUCAUUCCCAUCCUGUGGAUAUCAUGAUGUCAGACUGCCCAGGUUCUGUUCUUCUGAAGAGUUUUCCUGUGCCAGUGGCCAGUGUCUUGAUAUUGGCUUGGCUUGUGAUUACCAGAUGGACUGUGUGGAUGGAAGUGAUGAAGAUCCAGCAGCUUGUGGCAAUUAUACUCUGUGCAACUUUGAGUCUGACCUUUGCAAAUGGAAGACAUUAAACCCAAAGGAAGUACAAUGGAAUAUAAUGAAAGGACAAGCUUCCCAUAAUUCUGGUCUUCCUUCAAAAGAUCACACAACCAACAGUGAUAAGGGAUAUUUUAUUUUUGUGACUGGCUUACCAGGGACAAACACAAAAGUUGUUGUUACUCACUUCAGCAGUCCAGUAUUUACAAAACUGUCCAGCGAUGCUACGGAUUGCCAGAUGCGGUUUUGGUAUCAGUUGUCUCCGAAUUCACAGCUGAACGUCUUCAUUAGAACUCCUGCUGAUGGGUAUUUGCAAAGCUUAAAUAGCCAACCUUUCAAGAGCAAAAUGCAAUGGACAAAAGCAGAUGUCUGCAUAAGAAAUACCACUGGAGAGGGACCUUUUCAGAUAAUACUACAAGCAAUUGUUCAAACUGAAAAAGCUUUUGUUGCUGUGGAUGACAUCAGUAUAACAAAGACCUGUAAGAUUAAUGUAUCAUAUUCAAGUCUCUACCAAGAAGGUGAAGCAAAGAUGGAAACUCCUCAUUCCUUGUCUCUUGAUUGUCCACUGGGACUCUUGCCAUGCAAGGAUGGGGAAUGUGUUUCAUCUGACAAGUUCUGUGAUUUCACACUUGAUUGCUCAGACGGCAGUGAUGAAACCAUGUGCUCUGCUAAAUGUGACUUUGAAAGUGACAGCUGUGGCUGGCUGGAAAUGGCAAGUGGAGAUGGGUUUGACUGGGUAAGAAGCUCCAGAACUAGUUUACCUCCCGCUUUCCACAAGCAAGCUCCACCAAACGAUCACACUUAUGAUGAAUAUGAAGGCCAUUUUAUGUUCAUUCUAAGAAACAGCAGCAGUAUCUCUCAGAUUGCACAGCUGCGAAGCCCAAAAUUCAGUCAGUCUGGAUCAAAUUGCUCAGUGACCUUCUGGUAUUACAACUAUGGGCUGUCAGUUGGAGCAGCAGAAAUGCAAUUGCUUGUUGAUGGACUAAAAGACCCGACAGUACUCUGGAGGAUAUAUUACAAUCAAGGCAAGCAGUGGCUAAAGGCUUCCAUUCAGCUUGGCCGCCUUCCACAGCCCUUUCAAUUAUCUCUAAAUAAAGUCAGCCUUGGAUUUUAUGACGGUGUCUCUGCAAUUGAUGAUAUAACAUUUGAAAGUUGUGCAUUGCCGCCUCCAGCGUUAAACUGUGAGGGCCCCGAUCAUUUCUGGUGCCAAGAUUCAAAGGCUUGCAUCAGUCGUUUGUUAUUGUGUGAUCUUGUUGAUGACUGUGGAGACAGAUCUGAUGAGAAGCAAUGUGAGCCUGAAUUGCAGUGCAAUUUUGAGCUUGGAUUCUGCAAUUGGGAGCAAGAUAUGGAUGAUGACUUCAACUGGACCAGAACCCAAGGACCAACGUCUACUCCUAACACAGGACCAAUGAAGGACCACACUCUGGGCACCGUCAAAGGAUACUAUCUUUACAUAGAGUCUUCAGAACCACAGAUGUUCCAAAACAGAGCAGCUUUGCUAAGUCCCGUCUUUCAUUCUACCUUUGCAUAUGGCAACAAAAGCUGCCUUUUUCGCUUCCAUUAUCAUAUGUUUGGAAAGCACAUUUACAGACUGGCAGUUUCCCAGAGAAGUGUGAGCAACACAAGGGGACAUCUGUUAUGGCACACGUUUGGCAAUCAAGGCAACAGAUGGAAAAGGAAAGUGCUCUAUAUUACGAGUUCAGAGCCAUUUCAGAUCUUGGUGGAAGGUACUGUUGGAGAUGGCUUCACUGGAGACAUUGGAAUUGAUGAUCUGUCUUUCAUGGACUGUAUGCUGUACAAUGGAAGCUUGCCAGUUAGUGCAAUAACUCCAUCAGUGACAUCAAUUCCUGUGACACUACCUAUGAACAACUGUACAGAAAAGGAAUUUGUCUGUAGAGCGACUGGCCAAUGUGUCAAUGUCAACCAAAGGUGUGAUUUCCAACCUGACUGUCCUGACAAAUCUGAUGAGUCAUCUUGUGCCCCUGAUGCUUGUGACUUUGACCAUGGAAACCUGUGUGAAUGGUAUCAGCCUGCAGCUUUGACAGUAGGAACAUAUUAUUCAGUCCAUACUGCUAAUGUGUUCCAGUGGGGCCUUGGAAAAGGAUCAGGCAUCCAUCCAGGCGAGGAGAAUCAUCGGCCAUUGGCUGAUCAUACUACGGCUACGAAGGAAGGUUCUUACCUCUUUGCAGACAGUUCUAAUGGAAAAUAUGGUCAUACUGCAGAUAUUAUCACCCCAGUAAUUUCUCAGACUGGACCCAAGUGCAGGCUGGUAUUUUGGAAUUAUAUGUAUGGGGCAACAGUUGGUACUUUAAAGGUGCUCAGCAAAGUGGGAAAUGUAACUUCUGAAGUUUGGGCUCAAAGUGGCCCUCAGGGACGUCAGUGGAACAGAGCUGAAGUGUUUUUUGGUGUUCGCUCCUUUUUUCAGGUUGUUUUCAGAACGAAACGGGGCAUCAGUUAUAUGGGAGAUGUGGCGGUGGAUGACAUUUUGUUCAAAGAUUGCUCUCCAUUACUUAUCCCAAACAAACAUUGUACAUCUGAAGAAUUUACUUGUGCAAACAAAUACUGCCUCCCAAGGGAUAAUCUUUGUGAUUUUGUGAAUGAUUGUGCAGAUAACUCAGAUGAGAAUGAAAGUAUCUGCAGUGUUUCCAUUGGACGCUGUGAUUUUGAAUUUGAUCUUUGUGACUGGGAACAAGACCAGAAUGACGACUUUGACUGGAAUCUUAGAUCUGGAGGCAUCCCAAGACUAAUCACGGGACCAAUUGCUGAUCAUACCUUGCACAAACCAUCUGGUCAUUACAUCUCUAUCAAAAACUCCUUUCCACAGUUGCCAGGGCAAGAAGCCAGAAUUUCUAGUGGUCUCAUAAGCAGGAAAAGCAAAAAUUGUAAGAUAAUAUUUUAUUACCACAUGUAUGGAGCAAAUAUUGGAUCGCUAACUGUGUGCCAGAUGACAGUAUCAAAUCAAACCAGAAAAACAUUGUUCAGUCUGUCUGAAAAUCAGGGAAAUUUCUGGAAACGGGUAGUGUUACCAUUGGGAGCAGAUGAAGACUUCUGGGUCAUCUUUGAAGGGCGUGCUGGGAAAGGUUACAUGAGAUCUAUAGCCCUUGAUGACAUUGUGUUUACAAGAGAAUGUUUAUCAUCAUCCAAGUUCUUGCCAGAUGAACCGACACAGUUACCUACUACAGGCUCUUGCUUACAUGGCUAUUUGGAGUGCCUCAAUGGCAAAUGUUACAGACCAGAACAAAGUUGUAAUUUUGAAGAUGACUGUGGGGAUAAUACUGAUGAGAGAGAAUGCGGCACCUCUUGCACUUUUGAAAAUGGAAUGUGUGGCUGGAAGAACUCUCUUGCUGAUAACUUUGAUUGGGUUAUGAGAACCAGCUCGCCUCAAAGUCUCAGACCUUCUAAGGACCACACACUUGGAAACGGAAAAGGUCAGUUCUUGUAUCUUGAGGCCACAUCCACAGGCGUAAGAGGCGAAAAGGCACAUCUGAAGAGUGCCAGAUGGAUAGAGUCUAGUGCCGCUUGUACUCUGAGUUUUUGGUAUUAUAUGUCUUCAAAAGCAACAGGACGUAUCCAGGUUCUCAUUAAGAUUGGGAAUGAUUUUUUGAGGGUAUGGAGUGAUUCUGGAGUCCACAGUGGCCAGUGGAAGAAAGCACAAAUCCAAUUGGGGAAGCUGAGAAAUUUUGCAGUCCUGUUUGAAGGCAUCCGAACCAAAGAUCUUGGAGGAGGCGCAGCAAUAGAUGACAUUGAAUAUGAGAACUGCAGCACAACUGGAGAGGAUUCUGGAGUGUGCCCUGCUGUUACUGACUUCGUGUGUAAGAACAAGCAGUGCAUCGAGUCUCACCUUGUCUGUGAUUACAAGCCUGACUGCAAAGAUUGGUCAGAUGAAGCUGAUUGCAGCCAGUACACCACUGUCCCAGGAAGCUGUAACUUUGAGACUCAAGGCCAAGAAUGGAGUUCUGUGUGUGGACUUAGACAAGAUUUGGAAGAUGACUUUGACUGGAACAUUGGCAGCAAGAUUGCUAUAGAAUACGGAGACUUAAUCCAGGAUCACACCCCAGGUAAUGGAGCUAAUUUUUUGUAUAUCAAUUCUACUACUCAACGUAAAGGAAACAGAGCAAGAAUAGUUACUACUACCUACUUUCCAGCUAGUCUGGGUGUAUGCAGACUCCGCUUUUGGUUCUGGAUGUACAAUUCCCCCCAAACUGGAAUAUUAAAGGUGUAUGUUGUUGGAAAAACUGGAAUGGAUAUAUUGAUGUGGGCAGCAACAGGAAAUAAAAGAAAUGUAUGGACCUAUGCAAAUGUGGCCCUUUCCAGCAAUACUCCUUUCAAAGUGGCAUUUGAAGCAGAGACCGGAGCUCAUUCGCUUUUAGAAUUUGCACUCGAUGACAUUUCUUUGACACCAGAAUGUGUAUCAGGAGGACCAAUUACAUCACAGCCUCCAACCUGUAGCAGUGACCAGUUCACUUGCAUAUAUGUUAAGCAGUGUGUGCCUCUUUCUUCAAAAUGCAACCUGGUAGAAGAUUGUGCUGAUGGGAGUGAUGAAAUAGCAUGCCCUACAGAAAAACCUAACACAGAUUCCCCAAGCCUUUGCAAGGAAACAGAAUUCAAGUGUGCGAACCACUCAUGUAUCCCAUCACUCUUGAGAUGUGAUGGUGUGGCUGACUGUAGGUUCAGUGAAGAUGAAGCCAAUUGUCCUAUUAAAGAUUGCUUCAAUGGAUCUUUGUUGUGUCCAUCGACUAAUAGCUGUAUUCCAGUCUCCCAGCGUUGUGAUGGAAUUGUAGAUUGCAUUGAUUUUGCUCCUGAUGAAUCUAGCUGUUCAGAUUGCCCUGAAGGCUACUGCAAAAAUGGAGGGACAUGCAAGAAGGAAUUAAUUCCUGUCUGUCAAUGUGGAAAAGAGUGGAAGGGCAACCGUUGCAACAUAAAAGUUGAGACUUCUGGACCCCUUCAAAAUGAUGCUUGGACUGGGCUGAGUAUUGGAUUAGCUUUGCUGUUGAUUGAAAUUGCAGCCACUGUUUCAUGCCUCCUUUCAAAGAGGAAAUUGGCAAGAACAAAACCUGAGAACUUCAAUACAGCAUUUGACAACCCACUUUAUGAGGCUCAGAGUGUAAAGUCUACAGAGUGUUCUGCCUCACUGGAAGCUCGGAUCAGUGUUUCUCCAUGGCAGGCACAGCAGGAGGUUUCCUACAACAAUGAUGUAAUGCCUACUUCCUUUGCUAAUCCUCUCUAUGGCACAACAGAAGGGGAAGAUGCCGUGAAACAGUAGAGGUGGGCACAAUACAGGGUGGACAUUUUAUUCAACUUUAUCUGAUGUAAUGUACCUUGCUUUUUUUAAAAAAAAAAUGAAUUGACUAAUGGCAUAGCAUUUGUAAACUGAACAAAAAUAGAGUGAUUUUCAUAUUAGAAGAGUAAUGUUCUCCAGAUUACACUUCAUUCAAAAUAGCAUCAAGUCCACCCACAUGGGGAGGCAGAGCCUUAAAUGGUAGUUAUGUUGGCAGCAAUAUUCUUGGUAAUUAUUUGUUUUGAAUUGACUAGAUGGUUGAGCAGCUCAAAUUCCAGUGUAUUAAUAAAGAAAAGUUUCAUUUAAUCUAAA